ACCUCCUUUGACUGGAAUGUUCGUUUAUAGCGCCGCAUUUUCUUUAGUUUAAACGCGUACGAUUGAAACGUCCUCCUAGACAUAUCACGUGGACACACGAACCAAUGAAAACACGACCUUGGGAGGCGGUUAGGGCGAGUCUGAGUAUCUGGACUUCUGCUGAAUUAGUUUUCUGUGCUGCUGUUCAUUUCAGAAAACGUUUAAGUGACGGAGCAGCACGCGUCGAUGUCCGACUGGCUAUGACAACGUCACUGGUCCUGCGCCCGCGCUGGACCGACCCGGUGAUGUUUUUAUAUGACAACUCCAGUGCUCUGGACGACGCAGUCAGGAACAUGGACGCAUUUGCGGGAGGCAAUUUUGCACCGAGCUCGUGCAGAAAUCUCAUAGCUCCCAGCGCUGCCUACACGUCGAGUAAAGUGACUACUGCAGGAGUUGGUGAGCCUGGAAAACAGUGCAGCCCGUCCACGGCCUCGCAGGGAUCUGGUGGCGCAUCGCUGCCUUAUGGGUAUUAUGGCAGUGCUGGAUAUUACUCAUGCCAAGUGUCUCACUCCCACUGGGUUGGCAGUGGGGUUAAACCGUCCGCUCAUUCUCCAGCCUCUGCCGCCUCGCAACACGGAGAUAAAUAUACGGAUAUGACAACCCCGUCGGCCGAAGAUUAUCUCACUUCUCGAGCCAAGGAGUUCACAUUCUACCCGGGCUAUAGUUCGAGUCCGUACCAGCCCGUUGCUGCCGGCUACUUGGAUGUACCUGUGGUGCAGGCUGUGAGCGGGCCAUCAGAGCACAGGAACGAGUCUUCUUUACUGCCUGUGGAAAGUUAUCAGCCGUGGGCGAUCAGCGCUAGCGGCUGGAACGCGCAAGCCUACAGUGACAAGGAGCAUUCAGGAGACUUGUGGAAAUCAUCUGUACCAGACGCAAGUUCUUUCCGGCGCGGCAGAAAGAAACGCGUCCCAUACACCAAGGUGCAACUGAAAGAACUCGAGCGCGAAUACGCGGCCAACAAGUUCAUCACCAAGGACAAGCGUAGGCGGAUAUCGGCCCUGACCAGCCUGUCUGAACGACAGGUGACCAUCUGGUUUCAGAACCGGCGCGUGAAAGAGAAAAAAGUUGUCAACAAAUUAAAAACUAACGGUUAAAAACAACAGAAAGGGACCAUCGGGUCUACGAACGGACACACAAUGCUAUACAUGUCAGUAAACGUUUUAGUGAAUUCUUCGUUUGCCUGGACUACCGGUUCUCACACAAUACUUUUGUCAGAUUCAAAUGUUAUGUUGAAGCGCAGCGACGUUUUCCGCUCUGCGCCAUGGCUGUGGUGUGCAGUGUGUGAUCUCCACAACUCUGGACUCACUAAGAGCUUCACUAACUCUCUGUGUUCUGAAAAUCCUAUAUUUACUUCUCUUAAAAAUGACACGAAUGUGGGUGCUGGCUAGUCAGUUGUUGACUGGAUCCGUGCUAAAAUUGAACGUUUUUUGUUUUUUUGUGCUCGUGGUCUCACACCUUGUGCUCAACGAUAAAUAUAAGGAGAAACCUCUUGAUAAAUUCUUUCCCUAUUUCAUGUACAGUACCAGUUUAAUAGGCUAAUUAUGUCUGUAUAAUUAGAAUAAUUUAUCCUUCUCCAUCUAAAUAGCCUUCUGGAGUGAUAGAGGUCAUCUGCCUGUAUGUUAAACGAAUGUUUUUCAGGUACGUCUCAAUUAAACCACUGAUAUGCUCAACGAUUGAACCGUUUUCUUUUGACGUCACCAUCUUCAAUUCACCAAAAGAAUCCUGCCUGAAAUGUUCAGUCAAUUUAUUCACGCCUUUGUAAUAGGAUUCGUAAUUCCUCACGUCAACUCAACACAAAUUGUAUGCAAAAAAAAAACAAAAAACGCAAAUAAAAUUAUUUCAUUCUUAUAGCUAUUUCCAACUUCCUUUUUCAUUUUGUACGGAACAUGCUGCUCUGCAAUCAUGCGUGGAGCAACAUCGCCAUCUACUGAUGAGUGGAUUGGUUCCGUUCAUUAACAGUGAAUACUUCCUCGAAAUUGUACUGUGAUUUCUGGUCCAGAAGUCGUUUCCCUUAACGCAAACAAACAUAACUGUUACUUGAACUUAUGAAUAGCCUACAUACGAUAUUGCAAAUUCUAACCAUUAGAGCAGGCAUUUGACAUCUUUCACUACUUUAAUGCAGUUAGUUAUGUAGUGAAUUCAGGCUUGUCCGAUAUAAUCAUAUUGUCCUUACACGAUAUCACAUUACCACGAUAUGCAGUGACUUUAUCUCAGAUUAUAUUAUAUUAUAUUAUAUUAUAUUAUAUUAUAUUAUAAUUUAUUAUAUUACCAGACCUGCCAACUAUUAAUCAUCAAUAAUAAAAAAAAAUGUGAAUAUUAAACAACCGAAAAUCUUUAUUUUAACUGCAUUACUGUGGAAUCGCUUAAAAUUCACCUUCCAGCUGAUUUUUUUGGGGGGGAUUGAGACAGUCCCAUACUGUACAGCUGAUAAUAUUAUUUCUAUAUGCCACAAACCAUAGCAUACAGAUAGGAUAAACUGGUCAUUUCAAAUUAAUGAAUGGAAUUAAAAUGUGUUUGCU